AGCAAAACAGUAAAAGCAAUCCUCACAUUAACGACCACGCACUGCUAGAAAAGGAGCAAGCUUUUUUCUCUCCUUGUUGAUAUUCCUCAAAAAAAUAAAAUGGCUGGAGAUGAAGAAAAACUUACAAUAGUGAUGUUCCCAUGGCUAGCCUUCGGUCACAUGAUCCCAAACCUUGAGUUGGCCAAACUCAUUGCUCGAAAGGGCCACCAAGUGAGUUUCGUAUCCACCCCAAGAAACAUACAGCGUCUCCCAAAACCGUCACCAAAUACACUCAUCAAUUUCGUGAAGCUUCCACUCCCCAAAAUCCAAAACCUUCCAGAAAACGCAGAAGCCACCACUGACAUCCCCUACGACGUCGUUGAACACCUCAAAGUAGCCUAUGACGCCCUCCAAGAACCUUUAAAACGUUUUCUCGAAUCUUCCAAACCGGAUUGGCUGUUCUACGACUUCGUGCCCUUCUGGGCUGGUUCAAUUGCUUCCAAGCUUGGCAUCAAAAGCGCUUUUUACAGCAUCUGCACUCCACCCUUCUCGGGGUUCUUAGGACCCCCUUCGUCUCUCAUGGGUAAAGAUUCGUUACGCCAAAAACCGGAAGAUUUCAUCGUUUCCCCUCCGUGGGUCCCGUUUCCGACAACCGUCGCAUUUCGGUACUUCGAAAUUAUGAGAAUUGUAGACAGUUUGUCGGCCGAAAACAACACCGGCGUAUCCGACGCGUACCGGUACGGUGCCAGUGCUGAGAACUGUGACAUCGUGGUGAUUAGAGGAUGCACCGAGUUCCAACCGGAGUGGUUUCAAGUGCUGGAGAAUAUUUACCGGAAACCGGUUCUCCCCAUUGGGCAACUCCCUAGUACUGACCCUGUUGGGGGUGAGGAUACCGACACGUGGCGGUGGGUGAAGGAUUGGCUGGACAAGCAUGCGCGUGGGAGCGUGGUGUACGUGGCGUUUGGAAGCGAAGCGAAACCAAGGCAGGACGAAGUGACAGAGAUAGCUUUGGGUUUGGAGAAAUCGAAGCUUCCAUUUUUCUGGGCGCUGAGGCUUCAGCGUGGGCCGUGGGACCCAGAUGUGUUGCGGUUACCAGAAGGGUUCGAGGAGCGGACCAAAGCGCUUGGAGUUGUGUGCACCACUUGGGCGCCGCAGUUGAAGAUUUUGGGGCACAUGGCGGUUGGUGGCUUCUUGACUCACUCGGGUUGGACCUCUGUGGUGGAGGCUAUUCUGAAUGAGAAGCCGUUGGUUCUGUUAACGUUUUUGUCAGACCAAGGAAUAAAUGCGAGAGUAUUGGAGGAGAAGAAAAUGGGCUAUUCUGUGCCCAGAAAUGAAAGAGAUGGAUUGUUCACGAGUGACUCGGUAGCUGAGUCACUGAGGCUGGUUAUGGUUGAAGAAGAAGGAAGGAUCUAUAGGGAAAGAAUUAAAGAGAUGAAGGACUUAUUUGUGAAUAGAGAAAGACAAAAUAUGUAUAUUGAUAAUCUCCUACGCACUCUUACAAGCUCAUUGAAAUGUUAAUUACCAAGGUAACGGUGGUGUUACCUUUUCCUUUAUGUGAUUAUUUGUAAUCACAACUUGGUUGAAUGCUUGUGUUUUAUGGUUUUACCUAUCUUUGGUAGUGGAAUAAAAAAUAAAGUAGUUGAUGAAAAAACAA